AUGGAGAAUAAAGAAGUUGUCCAAAUCGAAAUCCCCGAGCUCGAGUCAGGUGCGGUUGUUUACCAGGAUGUGACUCCCGCGGUCGUGCCACCCUCAGUUCUGGAGGACAAGAAAAAUUCUGUGGAAAAGCCGUCCACAGAAUAUGCACUGCACAUUGUAUUCACUCAAUUUGUUAGAUAUGCCGAGCGCAAGUUGACAAUGUUCGAUUCGUUGACCGAUGAUUCCCAGGUUAACCUCGAUUCUAUUCUUGGUGAAGGAGUAGAUGAAGAGUUGGACCGCAUCAUAAAGUCACUGGGUCACAUCUCGCGUCGCAGGCCAAAACCAGUCAUUGAAUGUGUCAUGUACUGGCGCAAGUCCAAGUCCGACCAAGAUGCGGUAGCUCGCCAGUCCAAGUCUCCGGACUAUAUACAGGCAGAACGUCGGAGUUUGAUCUCGAUUUAUGUUUUGAGUCGUGUGCUCACAGAAGUUGUUGAACAAACUCCGCCAGAAGUUCUUGGCAACGAGCUUUGUGAAAAACUCGAGGACAUUGUGUUCAGACAACUCUUGGCAGCAAAUCCGCAGGCUUUGGCUAAAUCCAGCAUUCGAAAGGCCAAUUGGAUUUCGCUCGCAAAGCUAUUGGGACGCAUGUCCAGCUUCAGAUUUGCGAUUGUCGAAGACCGAUUUCUUUCCGAGCUAGAGAAGCUACCCAAGGUUGUUGAUUCUUCGAGGGAGCAACAAGUGGUCUUCUUGAUUCAGGCAAUGAAGUAUUUACAACUCAGCAUCUACCCUGAAGAUAGCCUUGAGGAGUCUGCGUAUUUUCUCGAAUCAAUCGUCAAGUUCCUCUCUAAAACCCAGAAUGCUGUUCUUCGCGAUCAGUACGCAACUGUGCUUUGCACUAUGUUUGAGCCUAUUGCAAACGUGGUGACAGUUGAAGCAAACCAUCCAGUCUGGGAGACUACGAUGACCGCUCUAUACAAGUUUGCAUUGGAACUUAUGAAAAAGUCAUGGGACCACGGCUUUGAGCUCGCACACAUGGUAUUGUCUGUUGCACCCAAGGAACUAUUUGCCGAUAACUGGUUGAAAUUAUUAGAAUCGCAGUUGUCCAAGUUGAAGGGUAAGUGGUCGCCUCGUUGCCCAGCUUUGUAUGGUGCGGCAGCUCGGCUUCUAUGGGUUCUUAUUUUCCGUUGCAAAGAAACAUUGAAUGAAACAACCAAAAAGCUAGCACUUAUAAACAAACUGCUUUUUUCACACAACAGGAAGAAUUGGUCUUUGUUCACUCCUGGUGCCAUCAACGCAUCGGUCUACAUUAUCAGGGUUGCAUUCCAGGGAUAUCAACAAAAGACAAUUGACGAGAUUUUGUUCCCUCUACUCGUAGGCAGUGAAGCCAAUCGCGUGGUCGCAAACCCUACAGUUUCUACAGAUUCCAUUAUUCCGGAACGCGCCUUGGUCGCUGUGCGAGCCUAUAUGGCUAUAAUGGAAGACUUGACAUCCGCUGAGCCCCUUCCUUUCCCGACUAUUAGCACCUUUGAGAAACCUUACUACUUCGAUGUCACUAAAGCUACUCUGCUUCCCAAAACGUUGAAAAAGGAGCUGGUUGAAAGUUUGGAGCUGUUUGGUAACAGCCUGGGCCAAGUGGUAAGAAUAGUGGAGCAGCAUCUCCAGGAACCAAGAGCCGAGGACCAUGUAUCCCGUCAAAAUUCUGUUACUCAAUUCGUUGGUUUAACCCAACCAAACCGUUCUCGUGGAAGUGUGGAAUUAAUGGCUGCUUUACUUCAAAGUUUUGCAUGGUUUUCACAUGAUGGUCAUCGGUUCAUUGAUGUGCUCUGUCGUAAUGUAGCCAACCGUUCAGCAACCAUUGCCCACACUGCCACUGUCUCGCUUAAUCAAAUCGCUCGAAUUGGAGAUAUCAGACUGGUGGUUAGCAACUUCGUGAAAUACAUGUUUGCGUGUGAUUCGCGUUUUUUUACCAACUACGAAAUGCCAUCAUCAUUGGAAAUCCUACCCAUGCUGAGAGUAUACGUCGGUCUGCUGGAGAUUUGGGUUUCCCGUCUACAACGUGGUGACCCUGGGUUUAAUGAGAGCAGUAAAGAAAUGACAUUGAAUAUGUUAUGGCCAAUCGUCGAAGAGAUUGAGGGAAAUGGCCUCUACUUUUUGUGCUCACAGGACCAGGAAAUCAGAAUGCUAGCUUUGAGGGUUUUGUGGCUCAUUACAGAAAUGGACAAAGCCAUUGUUGAAUUCAGUGGCACCUCGGAAUGUGUCCCGCCUCGAGUGAUUGAUGCUUUGGAAAAAAUGGAGAUCGUCAGGCUUGUUAAAGAAUCGGUUCCGCCACUGGAGCUGAGCAUGCCCGAGAGGUCUCGGAUCAAUAAAUUCAAGGCGAAGAAAGGUGCUUCCAUUGCCAGGCUUGCCGAUUCAGAUUAUGGUGUUGACUCCGCUAUCUGGCUCAAACUGUUUCCGCACAUCAUGGCCCUGUGCUUCAAAGAUUACCCUAUGCCCGUUGCAAUCUGCCGAAAUAUCAUUUGUGAGAGGCUGGUUGGGAUGCAUGAUGUGGUUUUAACUGUAGUGGAUCAUCAUUCUAGAUCAUCAAACUCCUCGUUUGCUGUCAAACACCCUGUGAGGACGCACGCUGAAACUGUUGUCGAUCAAUGGCGUAUCUAUUUGAUGGUUGCAUGCACUACCCUUACCACUACUGACGAACAGAAGCUCUUUGUACCACAACAGACCUCAACACCCAGCCACAGUCGAAAAAAGAGUCUUCAAAAAGUUACAUUUCAUCAUCAGAGAGUUACAUCGGCUCGAUCAAUUUUCCGGAUUUUGAUCCCCCUGCUAGGAGUCGGUCACCAAGUCGUGGUGGAUGCUAUUAUCUCUGGCAUCGCUUGCAUCAAUGUUAACACAUACAAAGUGUUACUCGAGGUAUUUUCACCUGUCCUUCAGAAUAAGAUCGCUGAUUUGCGCAGAUUUGUUCCUCAAAAUGUGAGUCCUGGCUCCCCCAGUGCUCAAAGGAUUGUCACAGAGAUUACACAAAUUUUUGUUCUGACCGCUCAUAACCUCAAAAAUGAAACAAUCAAACAGGAUCAAUGGAUCAAGGCAGAGCUCUCGAGUAUUUUCCACAGCAUUUUUUUGUUAUUGAAUGCACCUUACCUACAAAUUGACUACAGCUAUCAAAGCUUGCGCCGAUUCUACUGCAGGCUUCUUACCGAUGUUCAUACAAAUUUGGACGCAGCAAUAGUGGCUGACAAUUGCUUGGACCAGCUCUGGCUACUUAUUGAGAGCUGGUCGCCCUACGGUAUCUCUGCCUCAUCAGCCGUCUCACGUGAAGCUGCAAUGAAACGAGCUGUCAUAGCAUCGGCCAAAGACCUACAGGAGCAACAGCUGGUUGAUGCUUCGUUUGACUAUGAUAAGCGCAAGUUUGACGUAGCAACUUCUUGGGCUCUUGCUGCACUCUGCAAAUAUCGAAUGAAGCAAAAUAUUGUUGAUGAAGGUUGUGUGCGGCUAAUACACACUCUUUUAUCGCUCAAGAGUGAUACAUUACAGGAAGCAGGGCGAUUUGCUCUCACAAAUCUGCUGUCACAUAGUCUCAAGAACACGCAGCUUGUAGGCGAAGUGGUCGGCCAUUGCUACAGAAACAGCGGCGUUCACCGUGGUGUCCCUCGAAGCUACUUCAAUUGUCUGGCAAAUGUUGUCCUGGCUCAAGACACUGACACAAAAUUCGUCAAUGGUGCACAGCUGUUAGCACUUGGGCUGUUCAAAAUCGGAGACCCAGAUGUAGACACCCGCAUUAAAGCUCUGCAUCUUCUGCGUCAUGUUGAAAAAUGUGUAUAUGGUGCCUCAUCUUUCCCUGAGUUCCGCCAGCAUGCCCUUUCCUCAAUCCCCAGUGUUUGGAAGCAGGAAAUUUUUUGGCUCAGCGCUUCUCUGGCAAAAUCUCGGAUAGAUGAAACGUACACAAUCUUUUCUGAAUUGUGCAGAGUUUUUUCUCAGCUCGAUCAGAUGGAGUACAGGGAUCUACUGAGUGUUCUACUUCCUUGGGUUCAAAAUAUUGAAUUCAAACAAUCAGUGUCUUUUAUUCCACACAAUGGCGCUGCAUUCGAGAGUUACAUGACGGAUCCGGAGUCUAUUAUGGUACUCUUGAACUUGUUGGAAAUUUCUGCAACACUAUCUGAUACGAUCGCAAACGAAGUCAGUGCACUCUGGGUAGCUCUUUGUACUGGUCCUAACGGACCGAAAAAUGUUGAGAUUGUGAUCUCAUUCAUGUACUAUGUUUGUCUUUGUCGGCGAAGUAUGGGACUCAUUGAGAUCUGCCACCGUGUGAUCAACUUUUUGAAUGGAACACCUGCCGCGACAUCAGUCUAUGCGUAUCUGCAAAAACUGCUUGAACCUCGCUGGAUGGUAUCGCAAACUCUUCGAGAUUUGGAUACUGAUAUGGCUGAAGAAAUGUAUCCACAUGUGGCUCAGCUGAACUAUAUUGUGGCUGCUUCAGAAAAGGUCACCCACAAUGUCACAAGUCAACCAUUACCGCCGUUUUCUUUUGCUCAACUUGCUGCUAUUUUUCUCGCUGAUACUAUUCCGUCGACAGAAGUUGGCCGUCCUAAUCUGACCACCAUUCUGCACGUUGCUUUUUGUCUAGCAGACCAUUUUGUGGGCACAUUACAAACUAAAGCGAGAAAAACAUUGUUGAGUACAGUGGGCAUGUAUGCCUUCGACCAAUAUGAGGCCAUGGUUGAGCUUACACACUAUCUCGAGGGCCCCUCAAGUUUGGAGUGGUCAUAUGAGGAUUUGGCACCAACAAGCAAGACAGUUGAUACAACGCCUGAACAGCUGAUCAAACUAGUGAAGACAACUGUUAGUAUAAUGGAGAAAGUCUAUCCAGACAUUAAACGGGUAUGGGCAGUCGAGGCUGUAAAGUGGGCUACAUCAUGCCCUGUACGUCAUGUGGCUUGCCGCUCAUUUCAAAUUUAUCGAUGCUUAUUAGUUGAAACUGAUCAAGGAGUGCUUGCCGAUAUGCUUGCUAGGUUGUCACCAACUAUUUCUGAAACGUCGCCUGAGAUUCAAAUGUUCUCACUACAGAUUUUGAUAUCGCUGAAUGCUGUCGUGGAUCACCUGGAUCCCCAAAAACUGUUUCAGUUCCCUCAACUUUUCUGGGCUACAGUUGUCAGUUUAAGUUCCGUUUCCGAGCGUGAAUACAUUGAAAGUUUAUCUACAAUGUCAAAGCUUUUGGAAAAGUGGGAUUUCACUACUGGAGAGACGGUUGCGACACUGCAGAAUACAUUCCCUGCUAGAUGGGAAGGUGAGUAUGUGCCUGUUUUCAAACUCGUACUACUAGGGCUAAGAUCAGCAAACAGCUACGAGCAGAGUCAUAAAGUUUUGUUGCAGCUACUCAAGAUCCCACCAAAUGACCUGCUAGUUGAUAUUCAUUAUCUUCCACUAGCUUUGGUGGUGAAUCUCCCUCGCUUUGCUCAUGCUAUGGAAACCAAAGAUUUCACUACCGUUCUAGAGGCUGCAGAAUUAUUGGAAAGCUUGUGCAUUGUUGCUUCCCCCCAACUAGCUCGAAUCUUGAAUUCCUUCCGCAUGAAUAAAUUCUGGUCCAAAGGUGACUUCGUUUCUCAGUAUGUUUCGGCAUUGUGCAGCGUGUUCAGCAUGAGCCUAAGCUCCAUACUGCUCACCCUCAUGGGAACUUUGUCGAACAGUAUUGACUGGGUUAAAACGGAGACGCUGGCUGUCCUCAAACUGUUAUUCCCUCGAGUCGACUAUCGCAGUGAUGGUGACCUGGCUUCUUUGGGUGCUGAUAUCGUUUCACCUCUCCUUCGAUUGUUGCAAACCGAAUAUGUGGAGCAAACGCUGGAGGUACUCGAUGAAGUUGGCUCCCUAGUAGUUGGAAAACAAGACAAGGACAUUCUGCGCAUGAGUUUGGGCUCUAAGCAGCUUGUGAAGGAAUAUGAAACGACUAGUAGCUUGUAUGGUAUCCCUGAAAAGAGUGGCUGGUCUAUUCCCAUGCCAGCUGUGACAGCUAAGAUUGUCCGUCAUAAUAUUCAUGCGGUCUUUUACACUUGUGACACCAGUCAAACGUCGAGGGUCGAGCUUGACGAAAUUCCUUUUGGAUUUGAACGUGACGACGACUACACUGAAUACCACGAACCCUUGGUAGGAAUGGACAGUAUAUCUACUACUGCAGGCGGACUGGCCUCAAUGGACAAUAUGCUCACAACAUUAGAUGACCUGGACACGUUCUUCACCAAUGUUGGAGAUACUAAUGGAGAAAGUUAUCACUACGGAAUGAGACGAUAUAAUCAUGGUCGAAAGCCGUCGCAAGCUUUCACAGAGAGUAGUGUCGCAGAAAGUUUCACAAAUGACCGGCACGAAGGAAUUUCGAUCCCUCAGCUCUACGACAAGAAAGUUUCUCUUAUUCUAAACCAAUCCCUAGGCCGCACACAAUCGGCGGUUUCAUUCCGCAACACCUUCGAUGAUACUGUUGCGCCUGAGUCUCCUCUCGGAGUACCUGCCGGUGGGAGCGCUGCUGUCAGUCAUCGCCGUUUCGGUUCUUAUGCGAGUAAUCUUUUUGCAGAUGAUAGUUUCAGUCGGGGUCUCCAGCCCUAUGGUUCGUCAUCCACAUCAUCACUCCGCCGCUCUGCUUCAGUCUCAACAGUCGCUGACAAUUACCCUGAUUCAAGUAGUCGAAGCUCCCCGCGCCGUGACGCAAACAGAAGCUUCUCUCCUCAGACAAGCAAGUCGCAGCAUGGGACUGCCACUACUGUGUCUAAGCCUGCUGGUUCUGACUCCUCUUUCCGACUUGAAAGCCUUUUGCGUGGUAAACGAAAGAACAAGAAGAACGAUAAAGACCGCGACAAGACUCAAAAGGGCCGCGAAGCAGAGCGCGACCAGGACCCCGCGCCGCCAACGAUCGAUUGGCGCACUCAUGACCACAUGUCGUUCCAGUUCCCGUAG